UUCGAUACCCUGCCCUGCUUAGGAUAUCAUCUUGGGCUAUGCUUCUGUAGUAUAGAAACCUGUGGAGCUAAAAUAGGAAGUCGCAGAGAUUCUGAGGGAGCUAUAUUUUAGUUUCCUCCGAACAGAGUCGAACUCCACCAAUUUUCAACUUUGAGAUUGAAUUUUUGGUUCAAUUGGGAUAUGUGUGUGUGUGUAAGCAGCUCUCUGCAAAACCCCAUAAUGAGUUGUUCUCAUGCAGGUGUCAAAAUUUUGAAUCAACUUGCAGAAAUUGGAUUGGAUAUACCUUCAACAUGACAAAGAGGUCAAAAAAGCGUGUGGUGAGGCAUGAAAGGGAUCAGUUAGGCUGCAUGUGGAGUUUCAUUAGUAUUUUGGAUUUUCGCCAUAGUAGACCCACUCGGAGGCUAUUAUCAGAUAGAAGGCGAGGAAGCAGCCAUGCUGGUGAUGAGCAACAUUCAGUGAAUGAGUUUGAAGUGUUGACCAAUCUGGAUGAGAAACUUGAAGUCACCCCGGAUGGUGAAGAGAGCUCAACUGUUGCAGCUGACGGGGGAAAACCUAGUGUGAAGAUACUCAUGGAAGAAGAAAUGGUAGGCGAGCAUGAUACAGAUAUUAAAGUGAAAGAUUCCAAACUAGUGUCCAAACAAUCUGAUUUGGGAGAUGAAGAUUGCAGAAGGAAAAACCGCAGAAGACGUAAGAAGUCUUCUAGGGGAAGCUAUGACAUGGACAAUGCCACUGAAAGCUUGGCAUCCAGAUGUGCUGAUCUCGACGCGAACCAGGACCGCACAAAUAGCCAUAAUGAAAGUUCUACAGCCGAGAACAUUUGUGUUGAGAUCUGUCAGGAAACUAUAGAAACUGGAAAGAACCACAAUGAUGCCGAAGUACAGAUUCAGGUAAACUCGAAACAUGCUGAUCUCAAAGAAAAAUUGUGCGAAGCAAUCAAGGAGUUGAUAAAUCAAAAACUCAAGAGUGGGAAGCAUCUCACAGAGGAUGGAGGGACUCCCUUCUCUAAAGAACUGGUUAAUGCGCUUCAGAUUCCGAACUUAAAUGAGGACUCAUUUUCGAAACUCCUGGAAGAUCCAGACUCAAUCUUGGUUAAAUACUUGCAAAGCUCGCAGGAUGCUCAUUUGAGGAGAGACACUUUGUCAGAGUCAUUUGCAGAAUCUAAUUUAUCAAAAGAGAAGCAUGACAAAUCCGACGAAUCACAAGAGGUUGUUAAUCAUAAGUCUUACAAGUUCUUUAGAAGAAAUGUCAAGUCUCACGAAACAAAGACACUCGGGGAGAUUGAGAAUCCUCAAACUUCUAAUAGAAUUGUUAUUUUGAAGCCUGGGCCAGCAGAAUCGAAUAACUCUACAGCUCUGGACAGCACCGACACAUUUCUAGGACAUUCGCCGGACGUUGUCCAUAAAGGGCAGGGUGAGAAAGCAAGUAGGCACUUUCUUAUUUCGGAGAUUAGGAAAAGAUGGAAAAAUGUGAUGGGAAAGGAGCAGCAUGGCAGAUCUCCUGGUGGUGUUACGAAAAGACUUCCUGAUGGUGGUAAAGCAAACAUGGGAGAAAAUAAUGGGAUGAAUUCUCCAGGAAAAGAGCACUUUUACAUGGAGAAAAUUGCUAGACCUGUUGCGAAAAAAAGAGAAGAAAAGACUGUUAAGCCAAGAGACUCUGAAGCAAACAAAGAAUAUGAAAAUGUUAAUGAGUCCAAGCGAAGAGUGUCUAACAUCUAUAUUGAGGCCAAGAAGCACCUUUCGGAAAUGCUGAGCACUGCAGAUGAAGUGACAGACUUUUCAAAUGGGCAGUUCCCAAAAUCUCUUGGGAGAAUUCUCUCUCUUCCUGAAUACAACUCCCCACUUGCUAGUCCAGGAAAGAUGCUGGAAAGCAGCUUGGUAACUGCACAGAUGAGAUUAUCUGCCCAUCUCAGGUCUCCGAGGGUUGAUGAAAAUAAGGAGAGGCAAAUAGAAGAAGCAAAUGAUAGCCAUCAAGGUCCUUCAGCUCCAAGUACAGAAAGUGAGUUGUGCAUUCUGGUAAGUUGUGAUGAUAAAAUGCAAACAUCUGACAAAAAUCUGACUCUAUUGGAUGAGCCUCUUUCCAGUAAUGAGGUGGAAGAGACCUCUGCUUCGUACCUGAGUCUCAAAGACUCUGAAAUUCUUAUAGCAGUUGAUGAUAUAAUCAAUGAAGAGCAUGUCUCCAAGGUUACUUCCACCAGCAGUGCUAGUCCAGCCAGCCUCCAAUGUGGUGCAGAGGAUCAUUUGGCUGAAGAUAUUGAUGAUGAUUAUACUGAUCCUGAUCAUAAGAAAGAGGAGCCUCACUCCAAUGACGAACUACAUGCAUCUCCAUUUGCAUCCCCAUCAAGCUCUUCAACGAUUCAGAAGGUUGUGGAUUUAGAAAUCGCUGUCGACAAACCUGAGAGACAAAGUCCUGUAUCUGUUCUUGAGCCACUGUUCAUGGAGGAUGACAUAAGUCCUGCUAGAACUGCAUCUCGAUCUGAACCAUCAAUACAACCACUGAAGAUCAAGUUCGAGGAUGAAAUGCCCCAUACUCCCAAGCAUGGUAUUCAUAUCAAAACGUCUAUGGAGGGCAAGGAACCGUUGUUGGGGUAUGUAGAAGCUGUUUUGCAUGCCUCUGGCCUGGGCAGGCAGGAAUUUUAUUUGAGAUCAGAACUUUCAGACCAGCUUAUUGAGCCAUCGGUGUUUGAUGAAGUGGAUUUCUUCUAUGACCAACUUCAUUUUGACCAGAAACUUGUGUUUGAUUGCAUAAAUGAGGUCCUUCUGGAGGUCUGUCAGCAUUACUUUGGUUGUUCUCCUUGGGUUUCAUUUGUGAAGCCAAGCAUUAAGCCAGUCCGUGACAUAAGAAGUGCAAUCUAUGUGGUGUGGGAAGGAGUUCACUGGCACCUCCUCCCACUCUCUCCACCUAGUAACUUGGAGCAGAUUGUUAGAAAAGACAUGGUGAAAUCUGGGAAGUGGAUGGACCUACGUUUUGAUUCUGAAAGCAUCGGGUUUGAGAUGGGUGACGCUAUUUUUGAUGAACUAAUUGACGAGAUAAUCGACUGCUGCAUGGAGGAAAGUUGAGGAAUUGUAUAUUGUUUCAGGUUGGAUGGAAUUUUGAAAAUGACCGCAGCAUCGGCUUCAUUGACCUAUAUCAUUUUACAGCAUGACAAGUGAUUGACCCGGCGAGUUCCAAGAAAACUCCGAUCAAGUCAUUAUUAGCUUUGCUUGACGGAGGGGUUUGGAUCAGUCUUCUUAAGCGCAAAUGACACGACUCUCUCUAACUUUUUCCUAGUCUCAUGUUUUAACUUGAGCUAGUUCCACCAAUGCAAGAAGCAUCUGAGGCCGGUCUUCCAUGGUGUCUGUGUUGUACAGACGAUGACUGGUCUUUGCAAGGAACAUGUUCUCCAUGUUGUUCCAAUGCUGAUGAUGGUUCUCAACUCUUAAUGCUGGUCCAUCCAUUCCCUGCGGCCAUAGGCAUUUUCUUGCCAUACUGUAAAGUUUAGGGUGCUUAUAGCCUCUUGUUUGUGUGUGUAUGUGUGUGUGUCAUUUUUCCUUAUUUUCCCUUUGCAGACAUUUUCCUGCACCGUUUCAGGUUUGAUCUUUUUGUUCAUCUUUUCCUUUGCUCACUUGUUCUUCGUGUCCCUGGCAUUGCUAUUGCAAUUGCCGAGUUUGGAGUGGUGAUGAUGGUCGUGACUUUUCUUUCAGAUGUGUUUGUAUAGAAGGGAAACUAGGAUUACACAAAAAGAAUGCUGUAAGUACUGUACGAGUUGGGAUUAACGUGCUUCAGAUUACCGAA